GUCAUUCGUUCUUUCCAGACAAAAGGAAUAUCUUGCAGAGUGAUCACUUUUGAUAAAAAUUGCAACAGCUCACAAGUUUAUGAGUGAUUCAUUCACGAAGUAAAAGCGGUUGCCGCAAAUCUACUCUCGCCAAAUAUUGACGAUAAUGGAAGAUAUAAACUCGCAGCACGUCCAUCGGUCGCUGAGGUCACCAAAUGACCACCAACAACAACAACCGCAGUAUGGAACACUCCCGGACAGUGGUCCGGACGGGGUCGGUGUUCCCGGUAUGGUAAUGAUGGGCCGGAAAGGACCCGCCGUCCCACCAAAACCGAAAAAACCUUCACCCUCGACGGUGCCCCCGCAGGUUCCAAAAAGUUCCCACGUUAAACAGUACAUCGAGCCGUCUUAUUCGACACUACUUCAAGGUCAAACCGGCCAAUCUGGUUUGGAAGAGCAUGCUUAUACCAAUACGUCAUUUGGAGCUGGAACUACUGGGAAGAUGGGUGACCGCAAGGUGACAUUGGAUAAUGCUGUUGAGCUACAGCAACAAAAGGAAGCGUUGGAACAUCACAAGCGAAUGAUGCAUAUUAAAAUGCAACAACGAGGACAGGCGGAUGGGGCUGUAUAUGAAAAUACUGCUCCGCGCUACUAUGAAGGAGAUGUAACGUACGCUAAUGUUCCAGGAGGACCGAAGAACGGAGAUGGUUUAAUUUACAGUAACAUUGUUCAUGGUGCCGGACAAAAGAAGCCGUUUAUACAAAGGCAAAUAUCUGAUGAGCUUCCGCCUCCACCGGCUCAAGAUGUGCAGGCCCAAUUGUCGUUAAAUGAGCUGUCCUUGGAAGAAAAUGAUGAUGAAUUUCCUCCACCUCCUAGUCCAGUUAGUUCGUCGUACAGUGAGCUACGGCGAGCGACUGAUCCGCCCUCGAUUGGGUGCCAGCCACAACCAACUUACAACAUGGUUGGACCAGGAGCUGUAGGACAGACCUACAGUAAUUUGGCUCCGAAUAAUCAGAUUUAUGCUAACAACAUGCAUCAUCAAUCGCUGUAUGGUACCUAUGGUAUGAGUUCCCAGGGUUCUACUACGUAUGAAUCGAUCUACGAACCUAUCAAUCCUCGUCCCAGCAGCCAAAUGUCUGGUAGAUCUAAUUAUUCACUUUACACACCAUAUGUAAACUCACGUGGCAUAAAUAGUCCCAACGAUAGCCUGAUCACUAACGCUUCAAAUCAGAUUCCUCAUCGUAAUCAUGCUCCGAAAGAAUCCGAAGUGGACACUUUAACUGAUUUGUUGGUGCAGUCUAUGGACAACGUUCAGGAUCCGGAUUCGUUUGGAACGUGUGUAAAGUGUGGUGAACGAGUAAUUGGUGAAAAUAACGGUUGUACGGCGAUGGAUCAAGUUUACCACAUUUCUUGCUUCACUUGUCACCAGUGUCAGAUCAAUCUGCAGGGCAAACCGUUUUAUGCGUUGGAUGGCCAACCGUAUUGCGAAGAAGACUAUCUGAACACGUUGGAGAAAUGUUCGGUUUGUUUGAAACCCAUUCUAGAGCGGAUUCUGCGAGCCACAGGAAAACCGUAUCAUCCCCAAUGCUUCACCUGUAUCAUUUGUGGCAAAUCCCUGGAUGGGAUUCCGUUUACCGUGGAUGCAACCAAUCAAAUCCAUUGCAUCGAAGAUUUUCACAAAAAGUUUGCACCACGAUGCUGCGUUUGCAACAUGCCAAUCAUGCCAGAGCCGGGUCAGGACGAAACAAUUCGCGUUGUUGCUUUGGAUCGCAGUUUUCACAUCAACUGCUACAAGUGCGAAGAUUGUGGCCUGCUGUUGUCUUCGGAAGCGGAAGGACGCGGUUGCUAUCCGUUAGAUGAUCACAUCCUCUGUAAGAGCUGCAACGCCAAACGGGUCCAGGCGUUGACCAGUCACAUGACGACCGAGUUGUAAAUUCUGGUUUGUCCGCAAAACAUUGGACGGAAUGUGUCAUCGCUGUCUUGUUUCUAGAUGCUAGAAAGGCAGAGCUCGUAAGGAUUUCCCAUAAUUCGAUAUCGUUAGUCAUUGGGUAAAUGUUUUUUUUUUCUCUUGGAAAGUGCAAAAUACUAAAACCGAAAAUUUAGCAUGUAAUAGCAAAAAGACGAAACUUAUUUGUUACACUACUCUUGGCUGUUAAAUUAGUUGUAGAUGAGUCAAUGCAGAAAAAAACGUAUCGCUCGACCAUUUUAUCAUGUCUAUUCAAAUGUUGCUGUAGGAAGACGCGGUAGCGCUUCUAAAUAUAUACAUGUUAGACUUCUAUCCAUACGCAUUUAUGAAAUCUAAUCAUUCCACUAAAUAAAUACUACUGAAUAUUAUAUCGUUAGUCAUCAAAUCGCAUGCUAAGCUCAAAUUUGAACGUAAUUCUAGAUAAACUCGAACCAUUGCCAAUAGUGAGUAAAGAAAUCGAAAAAAAGAAUUUUAUUCUUGUUAAAUAAAGAUUCGUAA